CCUCCUCCUCCUCCAGGGACCGGAAUCAAGUCUAUGGAAUCAACCUCUGAAAGCCAACGGGGCCGGGCUUGUGACAGCGUGUUUACAUCCUCUUCCUCAAGGAGGGCAGCCAAGGAAAGCCGGGGGCGCACCAUGGGCAGGACAGUCACUGUCGCCACCUGCGCCUUGAACCAAUGGGCGAUGGAUUUUGAUGGCAACCUGGAAAGGAUUUUGAAAAGUAUUGAAAUUGCUAAAAACAAAAAAGCAAGAUACCGGGUUGGACCAGAACUUGAAAUUUGUGGAUAUGGCUGUUCAGAUCAUUACUAUGAAUCAGAUACACUCUUACAUUCAUUUCAAGUUCUGAGGAAGCUUUUGGAAUCUCCUGUUAAUCAAGACAUAAUAUGUGAUGUUGGAAUGCCUGUUAUGCAUCGAAAUGUUCGCUACAAUUGUAGAGUGAUCUUUCUAAACAGGAAAAUUCUUCUAAUACGGCCAAAGAUGGCACUGGCAAAUACAGGAAACUACCGGGAAAUGCGAUGGUUUACACCUUGGAGCCGAUCACGCAAUGUAGAAGAAUAUUUUCUUCCCAGGAUAAUACAGGAGGUAACGCUUCAGGAAAGUGUCCCAAUUGGUGAUGCGGUACUGUCUACCUUAGAUACCUGCAUAGGGACGGAAAUCUGUGAAGAACUGUGGAUACCAACCAGUCCUCACAUUGAGAUGGGAAUUGACGGUGUGGAGAUCUUCACAAAUUCAUCAGCAAGUCAUCAUGUAUUAGGAAAAGCUCAUACUCGAGUGGAAUUAGUAAAUUCUGCAACAGCAAAGAAUGGUGGCAUAUAUCUCUUAGCCAAUCAGAAGGGCUGUGAUGGUGAUCGUCUCUAUUAUGAUGGCUGCGCCAUGAUUGCUAUGAAUGGAAGCACCAUUGCUCAAGGUGUUCAGUUCUCUCUGGAUGAUGUGGAAGUCUUGGUUGCCACACUAGACCUAGAAGAUGUCAGAAGUUAUAGGGCAGAAAUAUCCUCUCGAAACUUAGAAGCCAGUAAAGUGACUCCCUAUCCCAGAAUAAAAGUACACUUUGCACUUUCAUGUUCUGAUGACAUAUGUACACCUACAAGUGAGCCAAUCCAGUGGAAAUAUCAUAGUAUUCCAGAGGAAAUCAGCCUUGGUCCUGCAUGUUGGCUUUGGGACUAUUUAAGGCGUAGCAAACAGGGAGGAUUUCUCUUGCCACUGAGUGGUGGGGUGGACAGUUCAGCAACAGCCUGUAUUGUGUACUCCAUGUGUCGUCGUAUUUGUUACGCUGUAGAAAAUGGAAAUCAGAGUGUUUUGGAUGAUGUACGUAAGAUAGUAAACGAUAAGGCCUAUAUACCAAAGGAGUCACAGGAAUUGUGUGGGCGCAUCCUGACAACUUGCUACAUGGCUAGUGAGAACUCUUCUCAAGAAACAUACAACAAUGCAAAAUCUUUGGCUGGAGAAAUUGGCAGCUAUCAUAUAAACAUAAACAUAGAUGGAGCAGUGAAGGCCAUUUGGGGGAUCUUCAGUACAAUAACAGGCCGGCUGCCUCAGUACCGAGUUGAUGGAGGAAGUGCCAGGGAAAAUCUGGCUCUACAGAAUGUCCAGGCCAGAAUACGAAUGGUGCUCGCCUACUUGUUUGCACAGCUGUCCUUAUGGACUCGUGGGAUGCCUGGUGGACUGUUAGUCCUUGGAUCAGCUAAUGUGGAUGAAAGCCUUUGGGGAUAUUACACGAAGUAUGACUGUUCCAGUGCUGAUAUCAAUCCCAUUGGGGGAAUUAGCAAGGCUGACUUGAAAACUUUCAUCCAGUAUUGCACUGAGAGUUUCCACUUGAUGUCCCUCAAAGGCAUUCUAUCUGCACCACCAACAGCAGAGUUGGAGCCAAUGAAGAAAGGGCACAUCGUUCAAACCGAUGAGGCAGAUAUGGGGAUGACAUAUGCUGAACUCUCUGUCUAUGGCAAACUAAGAAAGAUAGCAAAGGCUGGACCUUACACCAUGUUUUGUAAACUCAUCACAGUAUGGAAAGAGAUUUGUUCUCCGAGAGAGGUGGCAUCAAAGGUUAAGCAUUUCUUCCGAAUGUAUUCUGUCAAUCGACAUAAAAUGACAACUCUCACACCAUCCUACCAUGCUGCAAACUACAGUCCUGAUGACAAUCGGUUUGAUCUGAGACCUUUUCUGUAUAAUUCCACCUGGUCCUGGCAGUUCAGAUAUAUAGAUGAACAGGUUUCUAAACUAGAGACAAAAGACCACAAGCUUGAAGAUGUUGUUUGACUUCCUCCCCCUUGCUUCUGUGGAUGUAUGGGGAAGCAUCCAGCAGCCUAGAUAUUUUGAAGAUCGGAAUAAUUCUGGAGAUUGUUUAAACCAAUAUCUUAAAUACACUUAUAUUUAUAUUUAUCCAUAAAACAAAAGGACAGAAAAGUAAUUUGAAUGAUAAGUAAAAUGCUAGUUCAAAAUGGCAUUGAAUAAGUAUGGUGUCACUUCAAAACUAAUUCCUCUUUCUGUAAUAAUCCAAUGUUCUUGUGAGAAUACUAAGGAAACAGUAAUCCUAUGAACUGUAAAACUACUCAGACUCUUCCAUAAUGAUUUAAUUAGAUUUCAUACCUUACAUAUAUCAGUUUAGUGAACAACCUAGCCAGCUCUUCAAAAACUUUUGAGGAUUUUGCGUUUUUAAAGAAUUAGUUGGGCAUUGAACAUCUUCCUCUUUAUAGGUAAAUACAUACUUGGAAAUAAAUACUGCUGUGGCCAGUGGAGCAUACUCUCAGCUAAAUGGUAACAGGAUUAAAACCCAAAGUCUACACUGAAUUUGCAAAUUCCAGCUAGAACAGAUUAAUUAAAUCACUGCAAUUUGCACAAAUACUGACUCUCCAAAUUUCUAUUGAUUCAAUGGAUCUGCUUCAGUUGGGACUAACAAUUGGAUUUAGGCUUGUGUUAAUAGAUUUAUUGCACUACUCCACCUGGUGACUGAUAACUACUAGUGCACAGGCAGCAACUCUGUCUGAAGUUUUGGACUAGAACCAGUCAGUCAGUGGAAAUGGUUAGGAAGCAGGGUUUGACUAAACAUUUGAUAGAACUUCCUAAAAGUCAUAAUUGUUCUAAGUCUGGUCUUUGAAAGCAUGGACUCAUUCAUUGAAGGUAUUUAAAUAGAAGCUGGACCGCCACCUCAAAUGUAGAACAUACAAAGUUGCUUUAUAUGGAGUAAGAAUAUUGGUCCUUCUAUUUCAGUAUUGUUGAUGCUGGCAGGUAGCAGCUUUCCAACUUCACCUAGAGGCACCAGGAAUCGAUCCUUGGUUUUCAUAUAAUUUAAGAUGUGUGUUAUGCCAGUGGGAUCUGGCUCCUCAAUUUCUGUAUUCAGAUCUACCACUGUAGGUUCUAUAUGAGCAGGGGAUUGGACCGGUUGACCUCUAAUGUACUUCGGAUUUUAUAAUUCAAUUAAACCAACAUGUUGAAAGUUAAACAAUUCACAAAUUUUGCAUUAAAUACAGUGCUACUGAAAUGCGCCUUUAUUUAAUUUUUAUCCCAUUCUUCUAAUACUGGGACUGUAAACAUUUCACAGUAAGAUUUUCAAGAAUUAAAACUGAUUAUGUACUCUCUGUUUAUAUGCAUAUGUAAUUUUAAACACAGAUGUUAAAACAAAAAAAAUUCAAAACUAUAAUAAAAUACAUAAGUAAAAUAAAG